AUGCAGAAGCCAACCAAUUUUAUAACUUCAAGAUUAUCAAAUAAUCUUUAUAGAUUGUUUAAACAACUGAAGUUAAUAUAUCAAGAAAUGUCUACUAAAGUUAUUAAAGACAUAUUAAAUGAAAGAUCAUCAACUGAAUUUAGUAAAGAUUUAUUAAUUAACACAGCAUUCAUAUUAUGUUGUAUGAUUUUCACUACUAGUCUUAAUUAUAUUCCAAGACCUGAUCAUAUUUAUUAUAAAUUUUUAUAUCGAUUUGAUUCAUAUUUCUUUGAAUUUAAUAAAUCUAUAAUUGGUCCAAUUACAGGUAUUUUGUUAUUAUUAUUAGGUUCAUUAUUAUUAUAUGGGAAAUAUUUUAGACACUCGUUUGUUAUAUUUGCUGGUAAUGCUUCAUUUAUGGAUGAAGAAGAAACUGAUGAUGGGUAUUCUUCAUUCACGUUAAAACCUUUACAAAUAAUACCUGAUAGUCAUCAUCAUCAUCUAAAGAUAGAACCACGACAUUCUUUAUCAUCAACUUCAAUAUCAACUGAUACUUCAUUAGAAUCUCCUCCAAGUGAACCAGAAUUAUUAGAAAAUGGAGGAUUAUUUGAUUUUACUCAUUUUAAUGAUUCAUCAACUUCAGAAUUUAUCGAAAAGAAAACUUCAUCAUCUUCAAGUAAAGUUUCAUAUAUUUGGAAUUUAUCACCAAUAUUAUUAUUAGCUACUUCGUGGUUUAUUCUUAAUGCAUUAUAUUCAACCAAAACUCCAAUCUAUAAAGCAAAAAAUAUUGUUGCUUGGAUUUUCCAUGUCCCAGUACAUUUCAUAGUUCCACCAUUUAUAGGAACUUGGUUAUAUUUAUUCCACCCUCCAGGAGCACUUAAAUUAUUUAUAUUCAGUUUAGGUCUACAAAACUUAGUAAUGGUAAUCACCUAUUUAAUAUUCCCUAAUGCCCCACCAUUAUUUAUAAAAUUAUACGGAGAAAAUAAAGAACCUACAUUUGAUAUGAUCUAUACCGAUGGAAUAACCAGUGAAGAUAUGAAAUUCAGUAUCCUACUACAAAAAGCAGUCUAUUAUGCUACUCCCAAUAAAUUCGCAUCAUUCCCAUCAAUGCAUAGUGCUUUCGCAUGUCUAAUAUUCUUUUUUGUAUGUUAUUAUUCAAAAUGGUCGCUGUUUAAAUUAUUAGGAUUGAUUAAUAUCCUAGGACAAUGGUGGACUGAUUUAUAUCUUGAUCAUCAUUGGAGAAUCGAUAGUUUGGCGGGAUUGGUGUAUGCUAUAACUACUUGGGUAAUAUUAAUGAAAUGGAAAAAAUAUGGGUUGACUCAAAUUGAUGAAAAAUUUCUGCGAGCUAAAGAAAAUAUGAAUUUUAAGAAUGGGAGUACUAUGGGAAUGAGAUUGUUUAGAAAUACCAGGUUUCAAAAGUACUUUGAUCCUUUGGCGUAA